CACAUCACAUCAACAACAUUCAUCAUCACGAGCUAUACCGAUAUACCGACGUCUUUCACCUUCUUUCACACUUUACAGUAAAUACUUACGAAGACUCUAAGUACCGGAAAAGAGAUAAGAUAGGAAUCAUGGCCGACUCGUCAGAAUACCAAGAAGCCUUCGCCCUGUUCGACAAGCGCGGGACGUCCAGGGUCCCCAGGGAAUCUUUGGGAGAGCUGUUGAGGAGCUUGGGGCAGAACCCUACUCAGAGGGAAGUUGCCGAGUUGCAGGGCAAGGUGGGAGGGACUUUCGACUACAACGAGUUCCUACAGAUCCUUAACCGGCCCGACGGUUGGAGACCCGCCGGGACUGAAGAGGAAUUCAUCAAAGGUUUCCAAGUGUUCGACAAGACCGGCAAGGGCCUCAUCGGAGCUGGAGAAUUGCGAUACGUGUUGACCCAGUUGGGGGAGAAGAUGUCGGAUGCCGAGGUGGACGAGCUGUUGAAGGGGGUCGCUACGGUGGACGGGCAGAUCGAUUACCACCAAUUCGUUAGGAGCAUCAUUUCGCAGUAAAUCACCUUCACGCCUUACCCACUGCCCUACGAUGCGGUCUCUUCAUCUCAUCCACCUCCUCUGCGCUGCUGCUCGGCGAUGAGUUAGCGCCAGAGAUCGACGUCAAUAUAUCAUCCUCCUCGACUCUCCUUUUUGUGUCUCUUUAUUUCACGAACGACUAUCAUGAUG